CUGUACUGCACCACUUCCAGACACGCUGACAACAAGAGCCACCGCAGCAGCAGCAGCAGCAGCUCCAGUACGGCGAGAGAGCCAUCCUGACACACCAUGAGUGCCAAAGACCCGCCGCCCUACAUCAUACCAGUGGACGACAAAGGGGACAACGUGAAAGUCUACAAGGUUCACACGCCGUUCAACCCGGGUUCCUCCACCCAUGAAGGCUAUCAAAUCAAAACCCACACCACAAACGUCCAGUCCUCGUCGUUUGAUGACGGCAAGAAUAAGUUUGUAAGCUAUGACUCACAGCUGGGCCGCACCCCUGGGAUGACCACCUGCACGACCUGCCGCGAGCAGGUGCUCACCAACGUCAACUACAAAGUGGGCGCCUACGCCUGGCUCAUGUGUAUCCUGUUCAUCUUGUGCGGGCUGGUGAUUGGCUGCUGUCUGAUCCCCUUCUUCGUCAAGCACUUUAAAGACGCCUACCACUCGUGCCCCAGGUGCAAUCGGAUUCUCUACGUGGAGAAGAAGCGAUGCUGCUGACCCCAGCCUCCCGCCUGAGCUCAUCGCUGUCCCGCUGCUUGCAAACUCUGCUCUGAAAGCACAGCUUGUGAGAAUGCCACAGUUGCAGACAGACCAUUUAUUCAGUUUUAUAGUGUAGAGGCUGAUGGUCAUCAUGGGGUGACCUACCAGAACGUGUUAAAGUAGAGGUGGGUGGUUAAAGCAGAGGGUUAUUUGUCACAGUGUUUACUGUCUGCUGUGUAUCCCAGCCAUUCUCCAGAUCAGUGGUCUCCAAAUCUGGCCCUGUCCCGCCUGUUCCAGCUAAUCAGCCUCUUUCCAAGUCCCUGAUUAGCUGGAUCAGAUGCAUUGGAGUGGGACAGCUUAGUGGAUAAGGGUUGGACCAGGGUUGGAGACCACUCCUGCAGAUCAGGACAACCCAAAUUGCAGCAAAUGAAAGCAUCUAAGCAGGACUAAACUGAUGCUGUGCCAACCAGCCCCAACAUGGGCGCUUCUUACGGGGGUGGUUGGCAUAUUAACCCACUGAAAUCCCAGAUUUAUUACACAGUAAGGCUUGUCAUUCAGUUACUACAGAAACUUCAGUGCAAACAGGUUGGGCUGUUCUUAGGUUAUAGAAGUGUGCAAUAAACCUCCGGGCCCGUCAGUGAGCCCACGGCCAUGAGGUGGCUAAAAAGCUUGUUUCACAAUAGAAAUAAUCCAAGGUUUGAAUUUAAACCAAACAUUUAACAGCAACCAAAUGACAUUUUUGAAUCAGUUCAAUAUCCGGAACGUUGAUUCACGGUGUGCUUACUGGCUUCUAUUGAACAAGAGGAAAAACUAUGACAACACAAACCUAGGCCACUUUAAUAAUUACAUUCAUUUUAUUAGCUUGUAUUAAAACAUCAGUUUAUUUAUUAUUAAUAUUCCUUCUAUAGAAAGUCAUGUUUUACGACAUACCUCACUUUUGAGCUUUAGUGUUUUAACUCAGACCCAAAGGCCCCAAAAAGAGACGAGCGGAAUCGAACAAACUGUUGGUAUUAGAGUCGUUAUAUUAUAAGUGACGUCGCUCGAUCCCUGUUUUCUCCAUCACGGCUCUGCAACCCUGGCAUUCGAAGGACCCUUUGCUUUAACUCACCUAUGUCUUGUUUGUAACAAGCAUCUGCAAAUCAGGAGGUUUACACUGUGAUGAGCACGUGAUGUGAUUAUCUUCGCUGUCGAUUCUGAGGGGUC